AAGUUGUCUUUCUCAGGUAUAACUUCUGCAAAAUUUUGGCAAAUAGUAAUGGUACUAUAUUGGUCGCAAUACGUAUUCAUAUUUACUAAUAUUGUUUCUUUUCCUCUCUAUUUGCUAAUUAUGGUUGUAUGCGUGAAAGAGUAUAAACACAAUCCUGCACAGAAGGCAUUCAACCUACUUGUUAUCUCUCAGGGUGUGAUGGAUAUUCUGCUAAUGGCAAGCUACUUCACUUUCGGAACAUUACGUCUAUCAGAGUUAGUAAACGGAUUCUUCUGGACUUAUAAAGACUACAAAAUUGCAAUGUGGUGUUAUAAUCAAACCUAUGUAUCGUCUAUAUUACGGUGCUUCGGAGUGCUCGUAAUUUCAUUUCAGCGAUAUAUUUCUCUAUGUAAAACUUAUCAACACCUCAUACCGCUGGAUAUUACCUAUGAUGCAGUGGACCGUACCAAUACUAAAACCCACUGUAUAGUAGGCAGAAGGAGCUAUUUGGGUUACUCAACCCGUCUCUGCAACCCACACUUCUACAUAAAUAUUACCCGAGCUUAUUUUUUGAAUUCAUUCUCUCACCCAUCCAUCUUU